AUGCCUUGCAAACUCUAUGGAUCUCCAAAAAGCUUUCGAAUGCAGAAAGUUUUAAUUGCUGCAAAAAUAGGUGGCAGAGAUGUCAGCAUAUGUGAUCAGAAACCUCCACAAGAUAAAUUUCCUCUUGGAGUGAUGCCUGCAAUGGAAGACAAAGACUUUAAAUUGUUUGGUGCUAAUGCAAUCAUGCUCUAUCUUGCAGGAGAAAAAAUGAAAGGCGCAAAUUGUUCUGAAGUACUGCAGUGGAUGCAGUGGUCAGAGAGCCAGUUACUAACAAAUGUGCUGGGAUAUGUAUUGCCUAGUGUUUCUGCUGCUCAAGUUAAUGAAGAGGUUUUACAAACUGCGAAGAAAGAAUUAUUUACACAACUGUCUUGCCUGAAUAAAUUGAUUCUGACGAAAACUUUUUUGGUUGGUGAAAGACUGUCACUUGCUGAUAUUUCAGUAGCUAUGGAUCUACUGCCUGCAUACCAGUUUGUUUUGGAUGAAGCAGCACGUUCGUCUUUAGUGAAUCUAAAUCGCUGGUUCAAAACUAUUAUCAAUCAACCACUUGUCAAGGACGUUCUUGGAGAAGUUGAAUUCGCUACAGAAGUAGCCAAAUUUGAUAGCGUGAAAUUUAAAGAAUUGUCUUCGAAAUUGAAGGGUAUGAAAGUGGACCAGAAAGAUGGAAAAAAUAAAGAAAAAAGUGAAAAUCAAAAGGAGCAGAGCAAAGAAGAUAAAAAAACAAAAACAAAGAAGACAGUGGAGGAACCAGAUGUUGCUGAUGAAGCAUUAAGUCAGGAACCAAAAUCUGUUGACCCUUUUGUUGGCAUGCCUGUGGGAUCAUUCGUGAUGGAUGCCUUUAAAAGAGUUUAUUCCAAUGAAGAUACUGCAACUAAAGCAAUACCAUAUUUUUGGGAGAACUUUGACUCUGCAAAUUAUUCAAUUUGGUUUGGUGAAUAUAAGUAUCCUGAAGAUUUGACGCUAACUUUUAUGAGUUGUAAUCUUAUUAGUGGAAUGUUUCAGCGAUUGGAAAAGCUCAAGAAAUAUGCUUUUGCCUCUGUAUGUUUGUUCGGGACGGAUAAUAAUUCAACAAUAUCGGGUGUUUGGAUUUGGAGAGGACAAGAUUUAGCUUUCACACUUUCGCCAGAUUGGCAGGUUGAUUAUGAAAGUUAUGAUUGGAAGAAAUUGGAUCCUGCUGACGAAAAGACUAAGAAAUUAGUUAAUGAAUACUUCAUGUGGGAAGGUGAAUUUGAUGGCAAAACAUUCAGUCAAGGAAAAAUAUUCAAAUGA